AUGGAUUCGAGAAUGGGAUUGUUGGUGAACUCCGAAGACGAACAUGUGUCUCUCUUAACGCAGCUGCAGCGUUUGCUGGAGCCUCGUCAGAUGGAUGCCACCACAUCAAAUACAUCCAGUUGUGACCCGUUGAGCAAACUUCUGCAACAAUCCGCUGCGUUGAGUGCUACGUGCAGAAAAGUGCUGCAAAAACAUACGGGUGUAGCUCAGCAGCAGCAGCUGCUUCGCUCAGUAUCGGAUUAUAGCAGCGUGUUUACCAGCUGGCUGGAAGACCACGAAGUGCAACACUCUUAUUCCACGCUUCUCGAGCAAUCAGUGACGCUCAUCUUCGAAACCAAUGAAGCCGUCCUUCUGCGGCGCUUUUCACCAAUAUCGGAGUUCACCAGGCUCUUGUUGGCCUUGGUUCGUCGAUUGCAAGAGAUGGCCUCAAUGUGCAUGCCACCAAAUAAAAAAGUCCUGUCCAUCACCAGAUCGUUUGAGGAACGAUUUUUGUUGCAAUGGAACCGUGUGGACUCCAACUCUUUCCGAUAUGACGACGUGAAACCUCUGACAAGUCUCAUUCAUGGUCAUAUUGGUGCACCAUUGGUGGAUGCUGCCAAAUCUACUGAAAGAGGCUACUUCAAACUUUCAGCACCCGUAUUGGAACACCACAACCGUCUAGUGGAGCUUUUCCAAUUGAGCACUGGAGAACUAGGCAUAUUUAUAGUGAGUUCAGGACAACUUUCACCGAUGUCUGUGGAUCAGGUUUCGCAGCUUGUUCUCGUUAGCCGGAAUUUGAAGUCCGUGCAGCUGGGCAGAACUCUACUUUUCCCACCUCUCAGACAGAAUGAUCUCCAAAUUGUUUCUACAAGUUCUAACGGUAUCGAGCUGAAGGCCAACACAGAAAAUGGUGUCAAGCUCACACUAGUUGCCCUAAGUCCUGCGCAAUGGAAUAACAAUUGGAGGUCGUAUUUUGAAAUGAUGUUCCGUGAGAUCACUUCGGAAGUGUUCAUGCCGUCAGAGCCACAAGUCUCCAGUCUAUCACCGUCGACCGAGUCAAGGCAUUCGCUACAAAACUUCAGGCUCAAGCACAAAAAGCUGUCGUCCCUUCGUCCGAACGAUAACGCUGGUCUCGGGUUCAAUCCAAUGGAUACCUCUCCACAGCCGAGCAAAGUUGUCGAUGGACGCAAUGUUUCCCAGUUGCAUAAGUCUAAACCUUUAGAUGGUUCUCUGGUAUCUCUGGUCUCCUCCCUCCAUCCACUAGAGGAUUUGGACGACUUUGGGUGCGAGUCGUUACUUAGACUGGAUCAGGACAUCAACAUGCAGGGAUCUCCAAUAUCACACUGUGAACCGCGCGUCAGCGUGGAAAAUUUCAAAAGGAUAAAUUCUGAGUCGUCAGUGUCAAAAGAGGAAGUUUCCUCUGGCGAAUACGCGGAAGACGGUGAAAGCAUUGUAUCGUCUGUGGAUGACCAGAAAAGCGAGGGACCUUUUGAUUUGAGUUCCGAAUUUCAUCGGCCACAGUUGAUUAAAAGGAAAUCAUCAUCACUAUUGAGCAUCUUCAGCUCUAAUAAAGCUAAGUCCUCAUCCAAAUUGUCAAAGGGUACGCCGCUAGACUUCCCAUCCGGUAACUCGACUGCAAGUCUAUUGAAACUGCCCAGACCGCAAUCACCCGCAGAUGAAACCCCAAUAACAUUUCGCCAGGACGAGUUUUGCUCGUUACCGGCCGAAAUUGAUGUUAAUGAAGGCUUCCAAAUCUGCAACCACAGCGUCAAGGUCUCAUAUUGGUCUUCCAACAGGUGGGAGUCGAUAUCCUCAAAGUCUUUGUCUUUCAAGCUUCACGAAACUACCGACGGUAGGGUCGUGAGCAUACUGUGCAGCGCAACAGAUAACGGACUAAUAAAAUUGUGCGCCCUUGUGACACCGGACUGGAAGGUCACUAGACCUGCCGCUCAGGAUGUUCAACUUAGAAUCCCUAGCUCCAGCUCUCUUGUCUCAAUUCUACCCAGCGGUUCUACUGUCAUCAGCCUGAGAUGUCAACAGAUCGACAAACUGAUGAACACAUUGCAUCACUGCAUCAGACAGAAUCUUCCUUCGCGAAUUCGAGCCUCAAACACUUCAGGCACACUGUCCACCACCUCAUCUACAUUCAGUGGACUUGAUAAAUCUGUGACACGCUCGGAUACAAACUCUACCGGGUUAUCAUCGAUUGCACAGGACAUCUUCAGUCGCUACAAGGACCAAACCGUAUCCCUUUUACUGUUGUCCAACGUUAAAGUCCGACUUCAUUACAGAAAUGGCAAGGCAGGGUGGGAAAUCAAGGAUAAAGGUUUACUGGGGUUGUAUUCUCAGGAACUGCGAGGCCAUGUUAUAGGCAUGAAAUUCGAUGUCAUAAUGGGCAACGCUAAGAAGCAAGAGUUCGUUAGUAAGAUCAAUGACAUUAAAAGUAUUGGGCGUACUGGAAUCGCAUUGGUUCACGAGGAGAGUGAUUACCUGGUAGAGUUCAGGAACCAGAUUGUCGCGAACGAAGUCUUCAGACUAAUUUCGUGCCUGAUAUAA